GAGAACUCUGGGGAUUUCAGAGGAGAGAUACCUGUGUUCGUCACCAGAGAGAUUUGGGAACUUGAUCAAUUCCCAAUAAACUUCCCGUCAUUGGAAAAUAUUGACGUAAAAAGUCUUGCUAGCCCGAGCGUUCUGGCGCCACGUCCGUCAUUACUUUGCUGUAACCUGAAUGCGUGUACUCAACUCUGUAACCGAAGCUAUAAUGGAACAAAGGCUCGCCUGCGUCGUCAUCACUAUCUAGGCGACGAUUUAUGAAACUUAAACUCCUGGGUUCAGAAAAGGAGAAAAAUAUUCUGCAGAAAUGUCUAAGAUUGAGAAAAUGAGCAUCCUUGGAGUGAGGAGUUUUGGGGUAGAGGACAAAGACAAGCAGAUUAUCUCUUUCUUCAAUCCCUUAACCAUUUUGGUUGGACCAAAUGGUGCAGGAAAAACGACUAUCAUUGAAUGCCUUAAAUACAUAUCCACUGGAGAUUUCCCUCCAGGUACCAAAGGAAAUUCUUUUGUUCAUGAUCCAAAGGUUGCCAACGAAACAGAUGUCAGAGCUCAGAUUCGACUGCAGUUUCGUGAUGUUAACGGAGAGCUUGUAGCUGUCCAGCGAUCCAUGGUUUGUACCCAGAAAGGCAAGAAAACAGAAUUUAAAACUCUUGAAGGUGUCAUUACUAGGACAAAGCAUGGAGAAAAGGUCAGCCUGAGUUCCAAGUGUGCAGAAAUUGACCGAGAGAUGAUCAGCUCCCUUGGUGUUUCCAAAUCGGUACUUAAUAACGUCAUUUUCUGCCAUCAAGAAGAUUCAAACUGGCCAUUAAGUGAAGGCAAAGCUCUGAAACAGAAAUUUGAUGAGAUCUUCUCAGCAACCAGGUAUAUUAAAGCACUAGAUACUCUCCGUCAGGUGCGUCAGAAGCAAGGCCAGAAGGUAAAAGAGUGUCAAACAGAAUUGAAGUAUCUAAAACAGAAUAAAGAAAAAGCACGUGAAAUUCAGGAUCAGCUUAACAGUAGGGAAACUCAACUGGCUGUUUCUAAGGAGAAUGUAAAAUCUAUUGAGAAUCAACUUGAUCCUCUAAAGACUCGUUUGGCAGAAAUUGAACGGAAUCUUAUAAAAGUAAUGGGACUUGAUAAUGACAUUAAAGCUUUGGACAGCAGGAAGAGACAGAUGGAAAAAGAUAAUCGGGAUUUACAGCAGAAGAUGGAGAAGGUGUUUCAAGGAACAGAUGAACAACUAAGAGACAGGUACCAAAAUCAUCAGAGAAUAGUAAAAGAGAAAGAAAGGAGAUUAGCAGACUGUCAACGUGACAUGGAAAGAGUAAGCAAAGAGUGCCUGAGAUUCAACAGAGAGAAAUCAGACCUUCUUGUCGAACAAGGUCGUCUUCAGCUGCAAGCAGAUCGUCACCAAGAGCACAUCAGAAUUCGGGAUUCGUUAAUUCAGACUUUAGCAGCACAGCUGGAAUUUGAUGGCUUUGAACGAGCACCUUUAAAUGAAAGACAAAUUAGCAAUUUUAACAAGCUUGUGAAAGAAAGGCAAGAAAAAGAAGCAGAAACAGCUAACCAAUUAAUGAGGGAAUUUUCAGCAAAAGAAGUAGUGAAACAAAAACAGAUAGAUGAAAUAAGAGAUAAGAAAACUGGCCUGGAAAGCACCAUUGUCCUGAAGUCUGAUAUUCAAGAUAAGAAAAAGCUCGAACUGAAGAAUGUGAAAAGUGAGCUUCAGCAACUGGAGGGAUCUUCUAACAGGCUUCUGGAGUUGGAUCAGGAGCUUGCCAAAGCUGAACAUGAACUAGAUAAGGCUGAGAAGAACAGUAAUGUGGAAGCCCUUGAACAAGAAGUACAAGUACUGCAAAUUGAGAAAGAAGAUCUGGACAAAGUUCUAAGGAAAUUGGAUCAGGAGAUGGAACAGUUGAACUUGCAUACCAUGACAAUAACCCAAAUGGACAUGCUGAACAAAGACAAAGCAGACAAAGAGGAGCAGAUCAGAAAAAUAAAAUCUAGGCACAGCGAUGAAUUGACAUCAUUGUUAGGAUACUUUCCAAACAAAAAACAGCUUGAAGAUUGGCUCCAUGCUAAAACUAGAGAAAUUAAUCAGACAAGGGACAAGCUUGCCAAAUUUAACAAAGAACUAGCUUCUGCAGAGCAAAAUAAAAACCAUAUUAGUACUGAACUAAGAAAAAAAGAAGAGCAGUUGUCUGGCUAUGAAGAGAAACUUUUUGAUGUUUGUGGAAGCCAAGAUUUUGAAAGUGAUUUGUACAAGCUUCAAGAUGAAAUUGAAAAGUCUUCUAAGCAGCGAGCUGUGCUUGCUGGAGCCACAGCUGUUUAUUCACAGUUUAUUACACAGCUGACUGAGGAGGAUCAGGCGUGUUGCCCAGUUUGUCAGAGGGUCUUUCAAACCGAGACAGAACUGCAAGAUGUAAUUAGUGAUCUACAGUCUAAGUUGCGUCUUGCACCAGACAAACUGAAAACAACAGAGUCUGAGCUUAAAAGACGGGAGAAGAGGCGUGAUGAAAUGAUGGGACUUAAACCAAUAAGGCAGACCAUAGUCGAACUCAAAGAAAAGGACAUACCAGAUUUAAGGAACAAACUACAGAAUGUAAACCGAGAUAUUCAGCGCUUAAAAACUGAUAUAGAAGAAGUAGAAACUCUCUUACAUACAGUUAUUCCUGAGGAGGAAAGUGCCAAAGCAUGCUUACAAGAUAUAACACUUAUGGAAAGAUACCAGAUUGAUCUAAGGGAUGUUGAAAGAAAAAUUGCUCAGCAUGCUGCCAAACUGCUAGGGGUAGACUUAACUAGAACUGUUCAACAAGUAAGCCAAGAAAAGCAAGGAAAGAAACACUUGUGGGAUACAGUAACAAGUAAAAUUGAGUUAAAUCAAAAACUUAAGCAAGCCCAGCAGAAUGAGAUCCAGCAGCUAAAGAGUACACUGAAUGAACUGAAAGCAGAGAAGCUUCACAUUUCCGGCAGAAUGCAACGUCGACAACAGCUGGAAGAACAGACUGUGGAAUUGUCCACUGAGGUUCAGUCCUUAAGCAGAGAGAUCAAAGAAGCAAAGGAACAAAUAUUUCCUUUGGACGCUACUUUAGAAAAACUCCAGCAGGAGAGAGAGGAUCUAAUCAAUAAGAAGAACACAAGUAACAAGACAAUGCAAGACAAGAUAAAUGAUACCAAAGAGAAAGUUAAAACUAUUCACAACUAUAUGAAAGAAAUUGAAAACUAUAUUCAAGAUGGGAAAGAAGACUAUAAAAAGCAAAAGGAGUCUGAACUCGAUGAAGUAAAAACUCAAUUAGCUGAUUGUGAGAACCGGAAGGAAAGGAUAAAUAAAGAGAUGGGAACAAUUAGACAAGAUAUUGAUACCCAGAAGAUACAAGAAAGAUGGCUAGAGGAUAAUCUUACUUUAAGAAAAAGAAAUGAAGAGCUAAAAGGAGUUGAAGAAGAAAUAAAACAGCAUUUGAAGGAGCUGGGGGAAAUGAAAGCUCAACAAAUGAAAACAGAACAACAUCAUCUAGAAGAGAAAAUAGAAGAACUGAAAAGAAAUCACAGUUUGGCCCUAGGCAGGCAGCGUGGAUUUGAGGAAGAGAUCAUUAGGUUUAAGAAAGAGCUUCGAGAAUCACAGUUCAAAGAUGCAGAGGAAAAGUACAGAGACAUGAUGAUUGUUAUGAGAACAACAGAGCUGGUGAACAAGGACCUAGACAUUUACUACAAGGCACUUGACAAAGCAAUAAUGACAUUUCACAGCAUGAAAAUGGAAGAAAUAAACAAAAUAAUUCGUGAUCUUUGGCGAAGCACCUACAGAGGGCAAGAUAUUGAAUAUAUAGAGAUUCGUUCUGAUGCAGAUGAGAAUGUUUCAGCAUCUGAUAAAAGGAGAAGUUACAAUUAUAGAGUAGUAAUGAUAAAAGGAGAUACUGCAUUGGAUAUGCGAGGAAGAUGUAGUGCUGGGCAAAAGGUACUUGCUUCCCUUAUUAUUCGUCUUGCUCUGGCAGAAACAUUUUGUCUCAAUUGUGGUAUUCUUGCGCUGGAUGAGCCUACCACUAAUCUUGAUCGAGAAAAUAUCGAGUCUCUUGCACAUGCACUGGUGGAGAUAAUAAAAAGCCGCUCGCAACAGCGCAACUUUCAGCUGCUUGUGAUAACACACGACGAAGAUUUUGUGGAGCUUCUGGGCCGCUCUGAAUAUGUGGAGACAUUCUACAGGAUAAAGAAGAACAUUGACCAGUGUUCUGAGAUUGUAAAGUGCAGUGUCAGUUCCUUAGGUUCAUAUGUUCAUUAAGGCUUCCAGAUACUUUUAUAUUAUAGCCUGACUUAGUAAUAGAGCAAAGCUUUAAGACUGCUGAUAUGAAGAAAAGAACUCUAUUUUCUUACACUAAGAGAAAAAUCAUAGCUGAAUGUUUAAUUCGUGUUAAAUAAUAACAACUAGUCCACUGUUAAAACUGUCAAUUAAAAAUAUCUAAAAGAUGCACAAA